GCGGAAGAUGGCGGAGAGUUAAUAGUGGAGGAAAAAAGAAAAUUGUGUGCUCGCAGGGAUACGUUUAAAUUGAGGCUGAGAGUCCCUCGCCGGAGCAGUAAGGAUCGUCGCCACCGGGGCCUCCUGCUGAGGUGGAAUCGGAGCACCUUUUCUCUGCUCUGUCACGAGGUGCGUGCUGAUUGGCUAAGGUGGCAGUUGGCAUGGUAACAGGCAGCACAGCGUACCUGUGCUGAUAUGUAUACAAGAUGAGCAGUCUAGGAGAGAACUCCUUGGAGCCUCUGUGCUCUGACCGAAAACGCAAGCUGUCCACGUGUGACACACCUGGGCUGGGGUGUGACAAGCGACGUCGAGAGCAGGAGAGUAAGUACAUCGAGGAGCUGGCUGAGCUGAUCUCGGCCAACCUGAGCGACAUCGACAGCUUCAACGUGAAGCCAGACAAGUGUGCCAUCCUCAAGGAGACGGUGCGGCAGAUCCGCCAGAUCAAGGAGCAAGGAAAAGCUUCUUCCAAUGAUGACGACGUCCAGAAAGCCGACGUCUCCUCAACCGGACAGGGCGUCAUCGACAAGGACCACCUGGGGCCGCUACUCCUACAGGCCCUGGACGGCUUCCUGUUUGUGGUGAACCGCGAGGGCAGCAUCGUGUUUGUGUCGGACAACGUGACCCAGUACCUGCAGUACAAGCAGGAGGAGCUGAUCAACACCAGCGUCUACAACAUCCUGCACGAGGAGGACCGGGAGGACUUCCACAAGAAUCUGCCCAAGGCCAGCGUGAACGGUGUGACGUGGGGCGAGGAGGCACCGCGUCAGAAGAGCCACACGUUCAACUGUCGCAUGCUGGUGAAGUUUGGCCACGCCCACGGCCAUGGCCCGUCGGAGGAGACGCCGGGCGGAGCGCCGCGCUACGAGAUCAUGCAGUGCUUCGCCCUCACACAACCCAAAGCCAUGAUGGAGGAGGGAGAAGACCUGCAGUCUUGUAUGAUCUGUGUGGCCCGGCGCGUGACUGCCAUGGAGAGGAUCGAGAGCUUCAACACCAAGCACGAGCUGUCAGGCAAGCUGAUCCAGAUCGACCAGAACUCCCUCCGAGCCACUAUGCGUCCGGGCUGGGAGGACCUGCUGCGCAGAUGCAUCCAGAUGUUCAUCCAUCACAGCGACGGCCAACCCUGGUCCCAUAAGCGCCACUAUCACGAGGCCUACCUCCAGGGCCACGCCGAGACCCCCCUGUACCGCUUCUCGCUCUCCGACGGCACGCCGGUCACGGCUCAGACCAAAAGCAAAAUGUUCCGCCACCCCAUCACCAACGAGCCCCAGGGCUUCAUCUCCACACACCUCCUCCAGAGGGAACAGGGUGGCUGUCGCCCGGGCCAGCCAGGUGGCAUGAUGCAGGGGGGCAUGAGGCAGCAGGGCAUGGGUAACGCCAACCCCAACGCCCAGAUGAACAUGGGGUCAGGUGGGGGCAUGGGGAUGGGCGGCAUGGGCAUGAACCGAGGCUACGGGAUGAACGAGCAAGGCCACAUGGGUCACAUGGGGCAAAUGGGGCAGAUGGGGGGCGGCUACGGGGGCAACGCAGGCCCCGGAGGAGGGGGCAUGGGCAACAUGGGCAACAGGAUGAUGCAGAUGAACCAGAUGAAUCAGAUGAACCAGAUGAGUCAAAUGAACCAGAUGAGUCAAAUGAGUCAGAUGAGUCAAAUGAAUCAGAUGAAUCCCAUGAAUCAGAUGAAUCCCAUGAAUCAGAUGAGCCAGAUGAAUCAGAUGGGUCACCCCGGCCCCGGCAUGCAGCAGGGCCACCAGCAGCAGCCGCCGUUCCAGGCCAGUGGCGGCUACGGCCUGGCCGGCAUGAACAGCCCCGCCGGCAGCCCCGGCAUCAACGGGCCGCAGCAGAGCCUGCUCAUGUCGCCGCGCAACAAAGGAAGCCCCAAGAUGGGCGCCAGCCAGUUCUCCCCGGGAGGCAUGCACUCCCCCAUGGGUCCAGGCAGUGUGGGUGGAGGCGGUGGCCUAGGUGGAGGUGGAGGCACCACCUCCUUCUCCAGCAGCUCCCUGAACGCGCUGCAGGCCAUCAGCGAGGGUGUGGGGGCCUCUCUGCCCUCCCUGCCCUCGGCGCUGACCGCGGCCUCGCCCGCCCACAAACCCGACAGCUCCCCCAGCGUCCACUCCUCGUCCUCCUCCUCCUCCUCCGCUGCUGCUGCUGCUGCGGCCGCGGCGGCAGCUCAGUCCAGCCAGGCCUGCAAGCCUCCGGCGGCGCCUGGCCACGGCGACUCCAAGAGCCCAGGGGCGGCCUUCGGGUCGGGGCCCGGCGGGGACCACCACCACCCCCUGCACCACCACCACGGCCACCCCGCGCACCCCAACGAGAGCGGCGGGUCCGAACGGCCGGACAGCCAAGCCGCCGGGGGGAGCAACAAGGAGCCGGGGCCGGAAGGGAGCGGAGAGACGGGGGCCUCGUCUACAGAGGUGCCCCGGAGAGUGCCCGAUAGUAAAGGUCAUAAGAAGCUGCUCCAGCUGCUCACCUCCCCCACGGAGGAGCUUGGUAUGGGUGUGGGAAGCGGGCCGUCGGGGCCCCCCGGACCCCCAUCGGGGCCCAACGCCAACAACAACCAGGCUGGCAUGGAGGGCAAGGAGGCGGGCGGGUGCGUGACCAGCCCCUCCUCCACGGGCGUCUCCUCGUCAUCCUCCAACCCCGCGAUGGCGGGCGGCGCUCCGGGAGCGGGUGGCCCGGGCGGCUCGCUGGCCCUGGGCUCGUCCCACUACACGGCCUCGCUGCAGGAGAAGCACAAGAUCCUGCACAAGCUGCUGCAGAACGGCAACACGCCCGACGAGGUGGCCAAGAUCACCGCCGAAGCCACCGGCAAGAUCCCCACGCCACACGAGGCUGCUGCGGCGGCGGCGGCGGCGGCGGCUGCAGCGGCGGGAGGAGACCUCGGCGGGGUCGCUCCCGGUGGCAUGGCCGGGUCGGGGACGGCACCGCUGUCGGGGGCCGGAGGAGGACCGGGAGCCGGCGCGGCCGAGUCGAAGCAGGAGCAGCACAGCCCCAAGAAGGAGAAGACCCACGCGCUGCUCCACUACCUCCUCAACAAGGACGAUGCCAAAGAGGCCGCUGACGUCAAGCCAAAGCCGGAGGAGCUGGAGGGGAAGGGCCCCCCCGGGGCCGGCACUGGGGCCCUGGGCUCCGGCCCCGCAGCAGAGAGCCUGGAGAGCAAGAUCAAGUCUGAACCAUCUGACGAGCUGGAUUCUUUCCUGGGAUUGAAGAACUCCGGAGAGUUCCACCCAGAUCAGGGCAUGGGAGGAGUAGCCGGUGAUGGAGGAAACAAGCCACAAGGGUUUCCUGACGAUGGUGCACAAGGCGUACGGAGCCCAGCGCUCGGGCCCGGUGGCAGAGCCCCCUUCCAGAGAGCCAUGUCCGUGGACGGGAAGCUGGCGGGCGCCGGGGGAGCGGCGGGCAGGCGCAGUGCCCCGUGCCCCAUGCCCAUCAAGCAGGAGAGCCUAGACGGGCAGCGCAUGAUGGGGACGCCCGGCGACUUCCCCGGGAACAUGGGUGUGUGUCCGCGAGGCGUUGGAACAAGAAUGAUGAACCGCGGCAUGUCAGUUCCGCAGAACUCUCCCAUGGGGGGGUCUGGGGACUGGAUGCCCCACUCGAGUGCCAGCCCUGUGGGCUCGGCCGGCGGCCCCCCCUCCAUGGCGCGCCCCCCAGGCAUGGACUACAACCCCAAAGCUAUGAUGGGAGGCCCCAUGGUGAGCCGAUCCAACAGCGUGCCCGGCACCAGGUCCAUGCUACAGCAACAGCUCAUGGAUAUGGGUUCCAAUGAAAUGAAUAUGGGGAUGAAUCAGUUUGGCCAGCAGUGUCCACCCAGCCAAUCACCCUCCUGGUCAGACAAUAUGAUGGGAAUGGACAACAACAGGCGUCAGUUUGGGAGCAGUCUGGAUGAGCUGCUGGUCCCUCCGUCCACUAGUGAGGGUCAGAGCGACGAGAGGGCUCUGCUGGACCAGCUGGACUCGCUGCUCAACACCGACGUCAUCGCCCUGGAGGAGAUCGACCGCGCCCUGGGCAUCCCUGACCUCAUCAGUCAGAGUCAGGGCCCGGAGCCUCCAUCCGAGCCCUUUCCCGGCCAGGACCCUUCUAUGGUAAUGGACCAGAAGCCCAUGUAUGGCCAGGGCUACCCUGGCCCCCCUUCCAUGGGCGGCAUGCCCGCGGGGUACGGCGGCACCCCCAUGCAGGGCCAGCCUCCGCCGGGCGGCUACGGGCCCAUGAUGAAUCAGAUGGGCCAGCAGGGCAGCUUCCCCGGCAUGGGGGGCGGCAUGGCGGGCAUGGGGCCCAUGGGGGGCAUGGGACACCCCCGCGCCAACAUGAUGAGACCGCGCAUGAUGAGCGCCACCAAACCCAUGAGGCUGCAGCUGCAGCAGAGACUACAGGGCCAGCAGUUCAUGAACCAGACUCGACAGGGCAUGGCCAUGAAGAUGGAGAACCCUGGCGGAGGCAACCCGGGCAUGAGGCCUGGCAUGCAGCCGGGCAUGGGCAGCCAGCAGGGCUUCCUGAAUGCUCAGAUGCUGGCCCAGCGCAGCCGGGAGAUGAUGACGCUGCAGAUGCGCCGGCAGAGGAUGAUGAUGCUCAUGCAGCAGCAGCAGCAGCAGGCGGCCGCGGCAGCCGCCGCCGCCGGAGGCUUCAGCCCGCCGCCCAACGUCACCGCCCCCACGGGCAUGGACGCACCCAUGGGUGGGCCCCCUAUGGGCCAGGCCGGACAACAGCAGUUUGGUUACGGAGGGAACUAUGGUAUGGGCCAGCAGGGUGACCCCUCAUUUGCACCGUCUGGUUCUAGUCCCCCCAAUGCCAUGAUGUCAGGCCGCCUCGGACCUCCACAGAGUCCCAUGAUGCAACAGCAUCCACAGGGAGGCCCCAUGUACCAGACGGCCGACAUGAAAGGCUGGGCCCAGGGAGGCAUGGGUCGCAAUGGGUCCUACGGACAGCAGCAGUUUGCGCAGCAGGGUGGCGGGGGGCAGUACGGCGGCAUGAUGAUGAACGGGGGCAUGGGCACUAAUGGUGGCGGAGGAGGACACAUGGGCCAGAUGCCCGGCCAGAUGAACAUGAACCCAAUGAUGAUGAGCCGGAUGCCCAUGGGCCCAGAUCAGAAAUAUUGCUGAGACAUACACACUUGCUGUGCAGGAAUGGAGACACUGUGAACCCCAAUAUAUGAGAGACUCUGGUGCUUGCAGGCCUACACGACUAUCUACUCGCCGGGUCCCUCAUCUGGAAACAUAUGGCCAGAUACCACACACACACACACACACACACACACACACACACACACACACACACACACACACACACACACACACACACACACACACACACACACACACA